UGGAGUAAUCAUUUUUUAAUUGAAUAUUUUUAGGAUCUUUCCUUGUUUUAUUAUAUAAAUUCUGUUUAUUUUUUAUUUCUUCCAAAAUUUGUGUUGUGAUAUAUUCUUUUCUGAUUCGCUCACCUUUUUUUACAUGUAUGGUAGUGGUACUCUCUUUCGUGAAUUUUUGCAAUUUGUCAAUGAAUUUUUCAGUCAUUAAAUUUAUAUCAUCAUAAUUGUAUACUUCAUGCCAUUUUUCGUUUUUAAGAAAAUUUCUUAAUUUAUCAUAGUUUAUAUAUUUUUUGCAAACAUUUUUUUUUACGUUAUGUGUUAUCAGUUUUUUAUUAGUGAAUAAUAACAUAGAAAAGUGAUCAGUGAUCAGAUUUCGCAAUAUGACACCAUCCACACUCGAGUUUUCUGGAUUUAUACCCUUUACGAAGAAGUGGUCCAGACAUGAUUGACUAUCUGGACGAGUAAUUCUAUUUAUGAGUGAUGUGAAACCAUACAUACUCAAAAUGUUUUUGUACUCUUCUAUGUGAAUUUCGUGGGAUAGAAGAUUUAUAUUCAUGUCGCCGAGGUCUAUGAAAUUUAGGAAAUUUUUAUGUAAGAAAUGGAAACAAACUCAAAAAUGUUCAAAGAUUUAUAUGGAAAAGAUGAGAAUAAUCAGGAAACAGAAAAGAUUGCGAAGGGAGAAGAUGAGAUUAAGGAUUACGAGGAGGAAAAAUCAUCAUUUGACUUUGAUGUUCAGUUUACAACUGAUGGAGAGAAUAUCGAAGAUAUAAAGACAGAAAGCAUAGAUAUCGUUGAUCAGUAUAUUGAUGGAAAUACUGUCCAUUUGAAUAACAGAGAUCUUAAAUGCCACUUAUGUGAAUAUGCAGCCAAAAAGGAAUCUAUACUCGAAAAGCAUAUAGAUUCUGUCCCUUUGAAAAAAGAAGAAUUUCAAUGUCCAUUAUGUGAGUUUACUUCAGCUAGAAAUGAAAACCUUGAAGUUCAUAUAAAUUCUGUCCAUUUGAAUAAGAAAGAUCAUAAAUGCCACUUAUGUGAAUAUGCUGCCAACACUAAAUAUAUACUCAAAAAGCAUGUAGAUUCUGUCCAUUUGAAUAAAAAAGAAUUUCAAUGUACAUUAUGUGCGUUUACUUCAGCUAAAAAUGGAAACCUUAAAGUUCAUAUAAAUUCUGUCCAUUUGAAUAACAAAGAUCAUGAAUGCCACUUAUGUGAAUAUGCAGCCAACACUAAAUAUAUACUCAAAAAGCAUGUAGAUUCUGUCCAUUUGAAUGAGAAAGAUCAUAAAUGCCACUUAUGUGAAUAUGCAGCCAACACUAAAUAUAGACUCAAAAAGCAUAUCGAUUCUGUCCAUUUGAAUAAAAAAGAAUUUCAAUGUACAUUAUGUGCGUUUACUUCAGCUAGAAAUGAAAACCUUAAAAUUCAUAUAAAUUCUGUCCAUUUGAAUAACAAAGAUCAUAAAUGCCACUCAUGUGAAUAUGCUGCCAACACUAAAUAUAAACUCAAAGAGCAUAUAGAUUCUGUCCAUUUGAAUAAAAAAGAUCAUAAAUGCCACUUAUGUGAAUAUGCAGCCAACACUAAAUAUAUACUCAAAAAGCAUAUAGAUUCUUUCCAUUUGAAUAAAAAAGAACAUAAAUGUCACCUAUGUGAAUAUGCAGCCAACACUAAAUAUAGACUCAAAAGGCAUAUCGAUUCUGUCCAUUUGAAUAAAAAAGAAUUUCAAUGUACAUUAUGUGCGUUUACUUCAGCUAGAAAUGAAAACCUUGAAGUUCAUAUGAAUUCUGUCCAUUUGAAUAAAAAAGAUCAUAAAUGCCACUUAUGUGAAUAUGCUGCCAACGAUAAAUAUCAACUCAAAAAGCAUAUAGAUUCUGUCCAUUUGAAAAAAAAAGAAUUUCAAUGUACAUUAUGUACGUUUACUUCAGCUAAAAAUGGAAACCUUAAAGUUCAUAUAAAUUCUGUCCAUUUGAAUAACAAAGAUCAUAAAUGCCACUUAUGUGAAUAUGCUGCCAACUAUAAAUCUCAACUCAAAAAGCAUAUAGAUUCUUUCCAUUUGAAUAAAAAAGAACAUAAAUGUCACUUAUGUGAAUAUGCAGCCAACGCUAAAUAUCAACUCAAAAAGCAUAUAGAUUCUGUCCAUUUGAAAAAAAAAGAAUUUCAAUGUACAUUAUGUACGUUUACUUCAGCUGAAAAUGGAAACCUUAAAGUUCAUAUAAAUUCUGUCCAUUUGAAUAACAAAGAUCAUAAAUGCAACUUAUGUGAAUAUGCAGCCAACACCAAAAAUAUACUCAAAAAGCAUGUAGAUUCUGUCCAUUUGAAUGAAAAAGAUCAUAAAUGCCACUUAUGUGAAUAUGCAGCCAACACUAAAUAUAGACUCAAAGAGCAUAUCGAUUCUGUCCAUUUGAAUAAAAAAGAACAUAAAUGUCACUUAUGUGAAUAUGCAGCCAACACCAAAAAUAUACUCAAAAAGCAUAUAGAUUCUGUCCAUUUGAAUGAAAAAGAUCAUAAAUGCCACUUAUGUGAAUAUGCAGCCAACAAUAAAUAUAAACUCAAAAAGCAUAUAGAUUCUGUCCAUUUGAAAAAAAAAGAAUUUCAAUGUACAUUAUGUAUGUUUACUUCAGCUAGAAAUGAUAACCUUAAAGUUCAUAUAAAUUCUGUCCAUUUGAAUAACAAAGAUCAUAAAUGCCACUUAUGUGAAUAUGCAUCCAACUAUAAAUCUCAACUCAAACAGCAUAUAGAUUCUGUCCAUUUGAAUAAAAAAAGAACAUAAAUGUCACUUAUGUGAUUAUGUAGACAAUCAGAAAGGUUACCUCAAAAAGCCUAUGGAUUGUGUCCAUUUGAACAAAAAAGAACAUAAAUGUUACUUAUGUGAAUAUGCAGCCAACGAGAAAUUUCAAGCCAAAAAGCAUAUAGAUUCUGUCCAUUUGAAUAAAAAAAGAACAUAAAUGUCACUUAUGUGAUUAUGUAGCCAAUCAGAAAGUUUACCUCAAAAAGCCUAUGGAUUGUGUCAUUUGAACAAAAAGAAUUCACAUGUCAUUUAUGCGAGUUUGUUACAGCUGGUAAAGGAAGGCAUGUAGAUUGUAUCCAUUUGAAUAAAAAAGAACAUAAAUGUCACAUAUUUUUUACAUCUAAUAUUUUUUAAUGAAGAAAUUAAUAUGUUAAUGUUGAACAUAUCCUGAUUAUAUGUGACAUAAUAAACUAUGAUAUUAU